AAAAAAACAGAAUAUCAUGUUAAUAAACCCGUUUUGGGGCUAAGAUACAAAAAAAAAAUAUAAGAUUUUUUUAAUUGAAAACUUGUCAGUGUUUACAAAACAUCUAACAGUAACGGUAGCAAUUAUUAAAAUCAAUAUAACAUUUUAAAUAUGGCCUCCAAAGAACUUAUAAAUGAAUUGUACGAUUUCAUUUAUCCAUUGGCCUUAAAAGCAGGAGAAAUUUUAAUGGAAGGCUAUAAUUUGGAUACGAAAAAAGUAGACAUUAAAACAGAUUUCUAUGAUGUUGUCACCGAUUAUGAUAAUCGUAUUGAGGAUUUUUUAUGGUCUGAAAUUUUGAAAAAAUAUCCUGAGCAUAAAUUUAUUGGUGAAGAAGACACUGCCAAAAAUAACAACAUAACAAAAGAGCUAACAAAUGCUCCCACUUGGAUAAUAGAUCCCAUAGAUGGUACUUCUAAUUUUAUAGCUCAAAUACCGCAUACUUGUGUUUCAAUUGGUUUGGCAAUUAACAAGGAAAUUGUAUUGGGUGUUGUUAAUGUGGCGCCACAAAUCAAAAUCUAUACUACAAAAUUAGGACAAGGAGCCUUCUGCAAUGGACAACCUAUUGCAGUUAGCAAAUGUGAAAAGAUGAACGAUGCCAAUGUGAGCUAUGAGGUAUCGUUGUUGCAUGCCAAAAAAAUACGUAAUAAACAUAUUAAACGUAUAUAUUAUAUAGCCGCUCAAGCUAGAAGAUUACUCUCCUAUUCAUGUGUUGUCGAUGCUCUAUGCAUGGUAGCCGCUGGUAAUUUAGAUGCAUUUCACAUCGAAGACAUGUAUCCCUGGGAUUGUGCUGCCGGUUAUUUGCUUAUCAGAGAGGCUGGCGGAGUGGUAACACAUCCAUAUGGUGGUAAAUUUGAUAUAAUGAAACCAGACCUUAUAUGUGCCGGUACCGAGAAAUUACGCCUCGAAAUAGAAACAUUAAUACGCAAGGCCGAUCAACAAAAGUCAGUUGGUGGCGAGGAAAAUUAAUGUAAUUUACAUAUAUACAAAUAUUUGCUUUUUGUAAGAUAUUUUAUAUAUUUUUUUUUAUUUGUUUUUUUUUGAUUGUUUCAAUUGCAAUUUAAAUUAAUUAGUUUUAUUAUUAUUACCUGUUGUUGUUCAUAUAAAAUUGAAGUAGUAGUAUACAUUUUAAUUUCUUUGGUUAUUGUUUAAUGAAAUUUGUUUCUCUAUAUAUUAUAAUAAAAGUCUACUUAGAAAAGUUUUAAUACUUAAUGAUAUGCA